AUGAGUCCCCUCCAAUCCUUCUUUGCGCUCAUUCCACUAGAACUACCUAGUCUGCGCAUCCCUGACAACACGCAGCUCAUCCUCAGUGCUGUGGCUUGUCUUGGUGUGGUAAGAGUAAUUUUCUGGGCUUACAGCCCUAACUCAAAGAGUGGCCUUCCUCUUCCGCCUUCCCCUCCCACUUGGAGACUUCAAGGGCACCUCCUGCCUCUUCACAAACCAUUCCUCACCAUAGCAGGAUGGAUUGACGAAUACGGUCCUCUGAUUACUAUUCGAUCAAGAUUUGAGCGGAUUGUUAUUAUCGGCCGUUACAAAGCCGCUGUGGAAAUUAUGGAGAAUCAAGGCAAAUUUCUAGCUGAUCGUCCUCCCAUGAUUGCUGCUGGAGAAAUGUUUAGCGGCGGAAUGAGCAUUGCCUUUAUACCUUUCGUGGACCGGUUCCGUCGCAUGCGUAGAGCUCUUCAUUCUCAUCUCCAACCUAAAGCAGCUGAGGCCUAUCAACCACUGCAGAUGUCACACGCGAAGAACGUAGUUCUUGGCGUUCUUGAUAAUCCACACAACGUCCGGCACCAUGUGGUAACUUAUGCUGCGACAACAAUUAUGAAAAUUGCAUUUGGGAAGAAUACGCCCACGUCUGCGACUGAUUCCGAAGUCAUUGAGAUGCAUCAAAUGGUCGGGAUGGUCGGUAGAAUCUUGCGCCCUGGUGCUUACUUGGUGGACUCGAUUCCAUGGCUUAGAUACCUUCCUUGGUAUGGCCGAGACUUGAAACUAUGGUUUGAGAGGGCGAAGAAGCUCAAUCUUGGCUUGCUAAACCGUGUGAGGGAGCAAAUGCAGAGCAAUGAGGAUAUCGGCCCUUCGUUCGCGAAAUAUAUGCUAGAAAAUAGUCAAUCCUAUGGUUUGGCCGAGACCGAGGUGGCCUUUCUUGGUGGUGCCUUUUUUGGAGCUGGAUCAGAUACGACUUCUGCCUCGAUAUUUACGGUGCUCAUGGCAGCCGCAUAUUUUCCCGAGGAGCAAGCUAAAGUUCAGGCCGAGCUCGACGCGGUCACCGGAAGGCACCGAGUGCCGACCUUUGCAGACCAAGGGUCCCUUCCUCGCCUGCAAGCAUUCAUCUCCGAGGCUUUGAGAUGGCGACCUGUAGCUUCUACCGGAUUGGCUCACCGAACAACCAAAGAGCCACUUGCACAAAUGAUGAUUUGGUCCAAUCAGGAAAACUAUUGCAUUCCAGCUGGGACUACGGUGUUCGGCAACCAUUGGUCUAUCUCUCGGGAUCCAGAUGUCUACCCGGAGCCUUAUGCGUUCAAGCCUCAACGCUGGAUUAACGAGCAAGGUGGCUUGAGAGACGAUUUGAAAUUCUUUAUCUACGGCUUUGGUCGACGCGUAUGCCCCGGUCAACAUGUCGCGAAUAGAUCAGUGUUCAUAACCGCCCUCCUUAUUAUAUGGGCGUACAAGCUUACUCUGGAUCCUACGAAGCCAUUAGAGAGCAUGGGGUUCAUGGCCGGCUCGGUGCCAGAUGUCCUGCCAUGCACAUUAGAGUUUGAGAAGAGGAUUCCGGAAACGGAGCUCAGGAACAUGAUGCAGCAUUAUCCUGAGGUCGUGUGA